GAGAGAGAGAGAGAGAGAGAUCAGCUGCUUCCUCCAUACAGUGACAUUUGGUUCCAUUCCUGCCAUUUUAUGCUCCAUCCUCACCUCCACUGGAUACAAAGUGAGAGCUGGACUGUACAGAAGUCUUCUACCUACAGAGCGAUGGGCUGGAGAACUUGUUCAUUCAUCAUCUCUCUCAACUUGAUCAUCUUGUGGACAAUAUCUUCGGCUUCAGUCAAACCAUCACCCAUCGUUCCUGUUACUGGUGGGCUGAUACAGGGAGGAAUGGAAGAAAUUCAGAAGGUUAAGGUUUUCUUCUAUUUAGGAAUACCGUUUGCAGAGCCACCUGUGGGACCCCUGAGGUUUACCUAUCCAAAGGACCCAAAGCCAUGGAAAGGCGUCAGGAACACAACGCAACACGCUCCGAAGUGUCUGCAAGAAUUGGUUAAUGAUGAUGAUGAUGAUGACGAAUCCCCCCCACUGCGGAUCAGUGAGGACUGUCUUUAUCUUGAUGUGUACACUCCAGAGCUCAACACAGACCUGCACAAUUACAAUCCUCUCCCAGUGAUUGUGUGCAUCCACGGAGACAGAUUAAUAACAGGAAGCAGUUCUGAUUUUCAGGGCUAUCUAAUGGUCUCUCUGCACCGUGUAGUUGUGGUUUCUAUUCAGUACCGGCUGGGCAUAGCGGGCUUCCUCAGCACAGGUGACAAGUGGGCAGAAGGGAACUUCGGCAUGGUGGAUCAGCUAGCAGCCCUGCUCUGGGUACAGAAAAAUAUAGAACGCUUUGCUGGUGAUAUGGAAUCAGUUACACUGUUUGGACAAUUUUCCGGGGCCAUUAGUUCCUCGCUGUUUGCUUUAUUACCUAUGACGUCCUCCUUGUUCCACAGAGUCAUAAUUGAAGGUGGCUCUGCUCUGAUACCAGGCAUUAUCACACCAAACAAAACACAGCUCGCUCACGAAGCUUCUCAGAUAGGCAACUGCAACACAAGAAAUUCCAUGGAGAUCCUCAGUUGCCUGAGGAAUAAAACAGAAGAUGAAAUGAGAACAAUCAUCAUAAAUGUGAAUAAAAAGUAUCAGGUAAUCCCGGUCGUGAUGGAUGGGAAGGUAAUUGUUGACGAUCCCAGAAGGAUAUUGGCAGAUCGACAUUUUCGGAGGAUUUGGUAUCUGAUCGGGCUGGACACUUAUGGCGUGGUUGACCACAUUAUACAUACGUACGUUCUACCAGAAUGGCUCCAAGGAAUAUCAAAAGAAACAGCAAUGGGUUUUAUAAACAAACAUUUGACUCCGUUGUUUGGAGUGAAGUCAGCAGAGAAAAUUUUUAAGGAGUACUUCACAAAUGUGACUCAUCCUCUCUCCAUACUUGACAACCUUAUUGAAAUGACAACUGAUGCCCUUGUAAUCAUUCCAUUAAUUCAGACUGCCCAAUUUCUCAGAGAUGGUGAAUGCACUGUGUACUUCUAUGAAAUAGAGCAUACUUCACACUUCAACACUCUAUUUUCUGACCUCACAGUUUACACCAGGUUGCCAUUUGUCUUUGGAGGCAAUAUCAAACCUGAUAUAAAGACAACAUUAGGAAGCAUGGCUGGAGAGAGGAGACUUUACAAUCUCAUGAUGAAGCACUGGAUUAAUUUUGCUCUUGAUGGGGACCCAAACUCACCCGAUCUUUCCUAUUGGCCAUCGUUUGAUGCCAAAGAACAAUACAAGUUGUUCAACCUGACCAUCAGCGUAAGGCAGAGGUUCAGGCAAUACAGGAUGGACUUCUGGUCUAAAGUGAUUCCGAGAAAUGUCACAAUAAUAUUAAUAUUAUAAUCCAUUCUGUGUGUCUGGAAAAUAAAGGAAUGUUCAUGUGUUCGUUCAAUGAUGCACACGUCUGAUUUAUUUUAAUAGAGAUUGUAACUGUGACUGAA